AUGAGAUUCGAGAACUGGGACGUUUUGCUGUUCCCUGAGGGGUCAAAGGUGCCUCUACAGGAGUUCAAGACCAAUUGCUUCGUUACCAGGGAUCACGAAUCGCCGUAUCUCCAAGCCCAAGCCGUGCUAAAUCCUGGUCCAUACUAUAGCCAGAGUGGUGUUCAGGGAAAUCCGGGACAGCUACCCGUGCUGACCUGUUUUCUACCAAGUUUGCCCCGAGAUACUCCAUUUAGGGUAUCUGUUCAUAGCUGGAAUAGGCCUCGUCCAACCCGGAUCAUGGAAGGCCUGAUGCAACCGGAAGAUUCGGUGAUGUUUGAAGUCAGAAUAUUCAUCGAUGGUAUCUGUGCUUCGGCAAGUCUGUUCAACCAGCAAACCCUUUGGCCUCAUGUCAUUGAUCUGAGUUCUCAACUCGACAGAAAUGGAAACCAGGAUAGUCUGCGGUUUCCAAUGUUUCAUGAAGAGUUGCUUCAUCAAGCCCACUGGGAUGCUGGCGACAUGUACGGUCGAAUUCGUGUUGUCAUAUCAGAGGGCUUCACUCGGCCGCUUCGUAACCCGCCCUUUGAGAGAGUGAGAGAUCUCAUCGCUUUUUCUUACCAGCACGCUCCCCUCGGCGUACUAGAGUCAUCUGGCAUUGCCUGGCCAAACCCAGGGAUGUGGCAGCAACUGGUACCAGGCUCUCGACAUUUUGUCAAACACUCUCUUGGACCUCUUUACAGUGUUGAAAAGGAUGAGGAUGCUCAUUCACACUCUCCAACGCGCCAUGAUAUCCGGCAGUUCAACAACCAGGGUGUUCAGGUUGGAGCUGGUUUCUCUACCCUCCCCUAUCGAAUGCAACCUAAUCCCGUUCCACCACAGUUUAGUAACAACCCGUGGCUAGACCGAGAUGGGCCAUGGAUUGCACCACCACCUCAAGUUUCAGAUCCCUUCGUCGACCCUUCAAAGAACCCGUGGCCACCAUGGCCUAUCAAGCGCCGCCAUUCAACACUGGAUGACAUCUCGAUGCCAGACUAUAUCGCAUCGAGCUCCUCGAGCAGUCGUGUGAUUUCUAAUACUGCUGGUCUGAAUUUUUCACGUAACAGAGAACCGGCCCAGAUAGCUCCUAUGGACGAUGAGCAGUAUAAUCAGCUAAUCAAAGCCAUGAGUCCAAGUAAGGCAACAGGAGGUACCAGUCCUCCAAUGAACACCCCGGUAGCAGGGAAAGCAGCAACCAAAGCGCCUUCAGCAGUGAAGGACGCUCCAGGCGCCACUGUUAACAAGAGCCAGCCCAGUGCUCUCAGGGAGCUUUCGCAACCUGGGGAAGACAGGAGAGUAAGGUCGGGAUCCAGUCUUCGCUCUAGAAACUCGCUUAACGAAAUGCCACCUCAAUCCCAGACUGGCCUCCUUAGCCCCAGUCCUAACAUCAGAGGCCGGAAGGAAGGAAGCCUUAGCGUCUACGAAGACGAUAAAGAAAACAGCAGUGGUGAUGCCUCUCCAGCUCAUAGCUCACGAAAGGCAUCCCUGACCAUCGAAGCAGCAGUAACUUCGGCGGAAAGCAAGAGAAAAAGGUCUAUAAGCUCAACUCAUUCGCGAGGAGUGGUCGAGGCCGUGUCUCCCUCUUCAUCAAAGAAGAUAUCUCGUCGUAAACGAGAUGAGCAGCUGCAGGCUGAGUUCGAUGAUUUCCUGUCGGCAGCAGCCAAAACAGAUGCCCUCCUUUCUGAGGUUGAACUGGAAUAG